CCUCCAAACGGCAGACGGCAGUACAGAAGAAAAAUAAGACAGGCUGUGUUGUUUACUGACGUUACUUCCGGUCUGCCAAAGCGUGGUGUGUGCUAAAAAAGGAACAUGGCAGCGGACGGCAAAACGGAGGACUACCCUCACGAGAUAGACGAUCAGCUCACAGGAUUUGACUCCUCCGUGACUGCUAUCAAAACCAUGUUGGACAAGUUGCCCAAGAACGACGUUAUGCAUAAGCUGGACCCUUUGGACCAAGCCAAGCUGGAUCUGAUGUCUGCCUACACCCUUAAUUCAUUAUUCUGGAUGUACUUGGUUACACAAGGAAUUAAUCCAAGAGAGCAUGCAAUCAAACAGGAGUUGGAGCGAAUAAGGACAUACAUGAACAAAGUGAAAGAGAUCACAGACAGGAAGAAAGCUGCCCGUCUGAAUAAGGGAGCUGCGGCACGCUUCGUCAGGAGUGCCCUCUACGAGCCAGAUGAAAAAGACUCUAGAAAAAAAUCAGCAUCCAAGAAAGCAGCUGACUCAAAACCUGACACCCCGCAGUUUAAGCGUCCGAAGCAGAGCAGAAGUUAAGAAGGAGCUUCACAGUGUGGUCUCACUGCACUUUGAACCACUUUAGGACACGAACAUUUCUGUCUCGCAAAGAAACAAAGCAUCUUCUAUGGUUGUGUUACUCGGUGCAAGACCUGUCAGAAUUCACCAGUCAGCAAAUUAUACUGGAUGUAUCAAAAACCCAAGAUUUUCUGCCAUCUCUGAAUCACCUUUCAGAUUUUGCUGAAAACAUUUCUGCUUCAAUAUUCCAUAGAUUCAAGACUAUAAUAUGUUUACAAUGUAAUUUCAUCAUUCAAUUAUUGCCUAUUGACAAUUCAGGAUUCCAAAACCACGAAAACAUACAAUUUCCUUUUUUGAAAGUGAGUAAAACUAAAUACUGACAUAUUUUAAAAUGUGUGUGUACCAUGUUUUGAAAUAUGUCAUUUAAGAUUGUUCCAUUCCUUCUUUUAGAGGAAUAAGACUUUUAGAUUUUCACUUUGUUUUUAAAGUGAUUCUAUGAAUCAUCAUUUGUUUUUUAAGAGAUGUUUUUUUUUACCAGUGCCAUGUGUAAAACAUGUAUUCAUACAACGUUGUUGGUAAUGUAAUACUAUAUUACUGCAUAAAAUGACAUGACUCACCAAAAAACUUUUGUUAAAUCCCCUUUUUUCUAUUAUUCAAUUGAUUCCUCGUGAAAAAAAGUGUGAAAAUAACUCAUUUAAAACAGUCCAAUGCAAGCUGUUUGAGAUGUUGGCAUGUAACACAAAAUCCACUGAUAUCAAAAAUGGCUCAAUUCCAUUUAGCUGCUCAGGUUCCAGGACCCUGAUAUUGGUCAUGCUGGCUUACUGACGUGCUCUUAUGUCUUACUGGGACAUACAUACAGAAUAGAUGUGCUUAUACAAAAUGGAAAUAUAAUGUGUAGUGCAGUUAACACCAAGUGUACAGUUUGAGCUUCAUCCUCACUCAUUAACAAAGAAUUAACAGGACAACUUGGUGGAUGUGAUUGUACCAGCAUACUCUGAGCCAGCAGCUGCGCGAAGGUGGCGACAGACUUGACAAAGACUGGAUUGGUGGACUUGCUGAAAAAUGUGGACGUACUGUAUCUCUCUGAUUGCACUGUACAAUCUCUUGUAGAUUUCUUGCCAAUAUAUAUGGUGUGGUGACUCGUUUUGCCAGUAAAGAUUAUUGGUUGCA